CAUUGGAUGCUGCAGCUUGGCCUGGCCCAGCCUGCCUCCAUUCCCAAUUCUAGCUGCAGCCCAGCGCUGCCCAGAUGCUCCCAUCAUUGGCUUUCAUGCAAAACGAAAGAAAUUUGGAUCUCCACUUUCAGAAUGGCAUCCAUUUCAGCUCUCACCGAGGAGCUGGAGUCCGUAACCAGUGAGCUUCAUGCGGUUGACAUUCAAAUCCAAGAACUAAUGGAGAGGCAACAAGAGCUUAUGCAGAAAAAAGCUGCCCUCGCAAAGAAAAUAAAGCAGUGUUUAGAGGACUCAGGUGCCGGGGCCAGCAACGAGUAUGACUCUUCGCCAGCUGCGUGGAAGAAAGAAGAUUUUCCGUGGUCUGGAAAAGUUAAAGACACUCUACAAAAUGUCUUUAAACUUCAGAAGUUUAGACAACUUCAGCUUGAAACUAUUAAUGUCACAAUGGCUGGAAAGGAGAUAUUUCUUGUGAUGCCUACGGGAGGUGGAAAGAGCUUAUGUUACCAGUUGCCAGCCUUGUGUUCCGAUGGUUUCACUCUGGUGAUUUGCCCAUUGAUCUCGCUGAUGGAAGAUCAGUUAAUGGUUUUAAAGCAGUUGGGCAUCUCAGCGACCAUGUUAAAUGCUUCCAGUUCUAAGGAGCAUGUGAAAUGGGUUCAUGCAGAAAUGAUCAAUAAAAACUCCAAGUUAAAGCUGAUUUACGUGACUCCGGAGAAGAUUGCAAAAAGCAAAAUGUUUAUGUCAAGACUGGAGAAGGCCUACGAAGCCGGGAGAUUUACUCGCAUUGCCGUCGAUGAGGUUCACUGCUGUAGUCAGUGGGGACACGAUUUCAGACCUGACUAUAAGGCACUUGGGAUCUUAAAGCGCCAGUUCCCUAACACAUCACUUAUUGGGCUAACCGCAACUGCAACCAAUCACGUUUUAAAGGAUGCUCAAAAAAUUCUGUGUGUCGAAGCGUGUCUAACUUUUACAGCUUCUUUUAAUCGACCAAAUCUUUAUUAUGAGGUUCGGCAGAAGCCCUCAAACACUGAAGAUUUUAUUGAGGAUAUUGUCAAGCUCAUUAAUGGCAGAUAUAAAGGACAGUCAGGAAUCAUAUAUUGUUUUUCUCAGAAAGACUCUGAACAAGUUACAAUUAGUUUGCAGAAUCUGGGGAUUCGUGCAGGUGCUUACCAUGCCAACAUGGAACCAGAAGAUAAGACCAAGGUUCAUACAAGAUGGUCGGCCAAUGAAAUCCAGGUAGUAGUGGCAACGGUUGCAUUUGGUAUGGGAAUUGAUAAGCCAGAUGUGAGAUUUGUUAUCCAUCAUUCAAUGAGUAAAUCUAUGGAAAAUUACUACCAAGAGAGUGGACGUGCAGGUCGAGAUGACAUGAAGGCAGACUGUAUUCUGUAUUAUGGCUUUGGAGAUAUAUUCAGAAUAAGUUCGAUGGUGGUCAUGGAAAACGUGGGACAGCAGAAGCUUUAUGAGAUGGUGUCAUACUGUCAAAACAUAAGCAAAUGUCGCCGCGUACUGAUAGCGCAGCAUUUUGAUGAAGUUUGGAACUCAGAAGCAUGUAACAAAAUGUGUGAUAACUGCUGCAAAGACAUUUCAUACGAAAAACAAAAUGUCACGGAGCAUUGCAGAGAUCUCAUCAAGAUCCUGAAACAGGCGGAGGAACUGAAUGAAAAACUCACUCCGCUGAAACUGCUGGACGCCUGGAUGGGAAAGGGCACGGCCAGACUCCGAGUGGCGGGUGUCAGUGCCCCCGUGCUUCCUCGGGAGGAGCUGGAGAAGAUGGUCGCACACUUCCUUCUGCAGCAGUAUCUCAGGGAAGACUACAGUUUCACAGCGUAUGCUACCAUUUCUUAUUUGAAGAUAGGACCCAAAGCCAGUCUUCUUAACAGUGAGGCCCAUGCAAUCACCAUGCAGGUGAAGAAGCCCAACAAGAACUGCUUCCGGGUUGAAUCAUCUCAAAGUUGUCAUUCUGAAAGAGAACAUUCGGGUGACUUACAAAAGAAGGCCGCCAAGGUACUUCGGCAGUCCGAUUCCAAGACCGCAGGGGCUAAGAGGAGGAAAAUGGAUGACGCCUGAAGUGGUUUUUACUGUGCUUUCCGGGUGAAGGACACUGUAUGCACGUGUACAGUUAUUUUUUCAGUUAAUCAGAACUUUAAUUUUUAAAAAAAUUACUGAUAUUUUAUACAUACAAAGCUAUGUUUUCAGAGCUUAUAGCUAAGGAUUUUGGAAUUUGAGAUUUUUGCAAAAUUGAAGCUCAUGGAUGAUAUAAUUUUACAGUACAGUAUGAAACAAUGAAAAAUUUUUUUUCCUAUAAAAUCCUUUAAAACACAAAAUAUUUGCAAAUAAGCUCACAAAAUUCUGCAGCGUUUCAUACUUUGUUGUCAUAGUUACACUUUUCUUUU